AUGGAUCUUAAUGACCUGAACAAAGUAUGGGAAAUCAAACCACUGAAAAAGAUUGGAGAAGAAGAUGCAAGGAGAGUUCUUGAAAAGGUAGCAAAACAAGUACAACCCAUCAUGAAAAAACGCAAAUGGAAAGUCAAAAUCUUGUCUGAAUUCUGUCCUGCAAAUCCAGCUCUUAUGGGGUUGAAUAUAGGAGGGGGUGCAGAGGUUAAGUUGAGACUGAGGAGGCCAAAUAACGAGUGGGAUUUCUUUCCUUAUGAGCAGGUUCUCGAUACUAUGUUGCAUGAGCUUUGCCACAAUGAGUUUGGCCCACACAAUUCUGAUUUUUACAACCUUCUUGAUGAAAUUAGAAAGGAAUGUGAGGAACUGAUGGCUAAAGGAAUUAGUGGAACUGGGCAAGGAUUUGAUCUUCAUGGGAGACGGUUGGGUGGUUUCUCCCGUCAACCCCCUCUGUCAUCAUUGCGCCAAUCUGCUUUGGCUGCCGCAGAGAACAGAGCACGACGCGAUACUCUCUUGCCAUCAGGUCCUAAACGUGUAGGUGGUGACAGCAAUAUUAAGGCUGCUCUCAGCCCAAUACAAGCUGCUGCCAUGGCUGCAGAAAGGAGAUUACACGAUGACUUGUGGUGUGGUUCCAAAUCUUCAGAUGGUGUCAUUUGUACCCAAGGAAAUGCUGAACGUGCUGAAGGCUCUCGUACUUCCGUAAGUUCCAAAGACGUACCUACCCAAACUUCACUUGGGACAUCCAUGAGUGGUAAGGAAGCAAUAGGUGAUCAUCCAACAUGGCAGUGUAAAACUUGUACUCUAUUGAAUCAGCCAAUGGCACUUAUAUGUGAAGCCUGCGGGACCCGAAGACAUAAAGAAGUUGCCAAGUUCAAGGUUUGGUCUUGUAAGUUUUGUACCUUAGAUAACAGUGUAGAAUUGGACAGAUGCAUAGCUUGUGGAGAAUGGAGAUAUUCAUAUGGCCCGCCAGAACUUGCUAGUUUCACUGAUUGGCUGAGGCUGCAAAAUGAUGUUCAAUCAAGAACUGUUUGGUUUGUUGUGUUUUGCAAUACUGCUUUUGUCAACGAAUCAAUGUCAACUUUUAGGCGACUUGUUGGCUAUGGUACUGAGGUAGUGUUGAAGCUGUUGUCGGGAGGUCUCAGAGUCAUGUCUUGUUGUCUUUAUAUAGAUUCCAAGCCUGUAAUGAAGCAGAAAGUAGGAACCAAAGCUGUGAUGGUCAAAGGCAGCUUGGAUAGUUUGGCGCUAUCAGAUGAGCUAGAAAAUAUGGCCAAGAGAGGAAGUAGGAUCUUUGCAUCUAUUCCCAUAUCUUUUGGUUACCAUUGUCAAUGCCAACCACGCAUGGGAUGGGCCAAGAUUCAGUGGAAAUUAUUGAAGGAUAGCCCAUUUUACAAGGUCGAAAUGUUAUCAUGGUAUUGCCCGAUUCGAAGUUACUUGCAAGGGUUUGUGUGUCUUUUGGCUUGUGGGGUUAACAUAUCUUUAAGAGAAAAAGCUAAUGACUUUGGGAAGUACAUUGAUAUGUUAAUGAUGGCUACAAAACAUUACAUGAUUUGUUAA